CUUAGCCACCCCUUCCUCCUCCACCCCCCCCAUCGCCCAUCCACUCACCACCUCAUCCACGUCUGGGCAGACUAUCCACAUCCCACACACCCCCACCCCCAUCGCUCAUAGCGACUUGGAGCCAUGUCCGACGACCAUGACAUUCCAAAUUGCUAUCCCGCCUCCAAGCUCGGCGAGUACACCGUCAUCCAGGACAUCGCAGAGGGCACCUUUGGCAAGGUCAAGAUGGCCAUCCAUACCAUCACCGGCCAACGUGUUGCCAUGAAGUACAUCUCCAAACGUGUCAUCGCCCUCACCCGCACAAAGACUCGCGUUCAGCGCGAGGUCGACUAUAUGCGCACUCUUCGCCACGCACACAUCAUCAAACUCUACGAAGUCAUCUCCACCCCAACCGACAUAAUCAUCGUCCUCGAAUAUGCCGGUGGCGAGCUCUUCAAUUACAUCGUUGCCAACGGCCGCAUGCCCGAACCCCGUGCCCGUCGCUUCUUCCAACAGAUCAUCUCCGGUAUCGAAUUCUCCCACUCCCUUAAGAUCGUCCACCGCGACCUUAAGCCGGAGAACGUCCUCCUUGACGACGACCUUAACGUCAAGAUCGCCGACUUUGGCCUCUCCAACGAGAUCAAGGACGGUGACUUCCUCAAGACAUCAUGUGGCAGCCCCAACUAUGCUGCACCAGAGGUCAUCCGAGGCGGCCUCUACACUGGUCCGGAAAUCGACGUCUGGAGCUGUGGUGUCAUUCUCUAUGUGAUGCUCUGCGGACGGCUGCCAUUCGAGGACGAGGACGUCCAGACGCUCUUCACCAAAAUUAGCCAAGGCAGCUACCACAUGCCGUCCUACAUCUCCCCCGACGCCAAGGGUCUCAUCAACCACAUGCUCGCCGUCGACCCCGUCAAGCGCAUAACCGUGCCCGAGAUCACCCAGCACCCGUUCUAUACGACCGAUCUUCCCCGUUACCUUACCCCGCUCCCACCCCCUUCGGGUGUCCUCGGCACGCUCUCGUCGCUUGUUGUGCCCUCUAAGACGCUUGAUUUCGAAAUCAUCGAGGGUCUGGGAAGGAUCGAAGAAGAUGUGGUCGAUGAACUGGCGGUCAGAAUUGAGCAUGUGGAUAAGGAGGAUAUUUGGGAGGCGUUGCGGAGGGACGACGGAGUGCAGGGGAACGCGGUCAAGGUUGCGUAUAUGCUUUUGAGAGAUAAGCGGCGGCAAGGGAGAGAUCUUGAGGAGUACAUGGAAGCUGAGCGUGACGCGCAGCUCGCAGCGAUGGACCCUCGAAACGCCGUCGUCUCACCGGGCGCACGCUCUCCAGGAGGCGACGAAGAAAACCCAUUUGAAGCUGAGUUUAACGGUAACUCGGACGACGACGAAGACGAAGGCUCGCUGGACUUCUCCACUCCGCCGAUACCCCACCCGGACGAGAUCAACAACUUUGCGGUACUCAACUCCUCCCUUCCCGACCCGCAGCCACCUCAAGCACCGACGGGCGAGAUGCACCAUCUUACGUCGUAUGCGAACGCGCGUAAGGCGUGGCCCGUGAAGGAGAAGCGUGCGCACCGGACUAAAUGGCACUUUGGUAUCCGCAGCCGGAGUCCUCCGAUGGAAGUGAUGCUCGAGAUCUAUAGGACACUCAAGACGCUCGGCAUGGAGUGGCGCGAGAAACGAUAUCUUGGCGGGCUUGGGGGAAGAGCUGCGGAGGCGCAUGCGCACGCACUGCGCUCGCAGGGGCAUAGGAGCUCGAGGAGCCACGAUGUGCGGAUUGAAAGGGCGCGUGAGUAUGAUGGCGAGCAUGUGGAUCUCAAGGCCGCUGCGAGCGUGUACUUCGUAGAGACGAGGGCGAGGGUGCAGGACGUAGUGAUCCUGAUGAACCUGCAACUGUAUAUGGUCGACUCGAUCAACUACCUCGUCGACUUCCAUCACAAGAAGACGUACAAGGCGUCCAGCGAGGAGGGCGCUGGCAAGUUCGACAUCCAGCCGGUGCACCUCCCCCAUCCUUCGUUCCCGCACACGCCCAACUCUGGCCAUGCUCACGACUCGUCGGGCGAGUCUGCAAGCGUGCACAGCGGCGGGUCGGUUGGUCCCAAGGAGGACGACGAUGUGAUGUCGCCGUUUGUGUUUAUGGAUCUCGCGUGUCGGCUGAUUCUCGAGCUGGCGGGUGGUGGGAGCGCUGGAGGUGGAGAAUGAGUGGUGCGAUGGGCAAUCCAUACCCACCGCUCCAUGCUUCGCUUUGCGCCUGCUCAUAUCCGAGGAUGUUUCGUCGACGGUCUGGCGGGCCAUAUGACUGCUCAUGCCCUCUCAGCCUGCUGCUGCCCCCAUCAUGCAUGUGUACCUGCCUACAUUCGACCACCCUGCUCGCUAUCGCCUCGUUAUCCAUUCGCCCUGCGGUACCCACUUUUAUCUACUCCGCCGUCAUCCUCGCCGUCAUUAUUACUGCAUCCGGACGCCUUCAGACUACCCAGCCCAACGCACAUCUCGCAUCCUGCAUAUAUCGUCGAUCUUGCUCUCGUUCAAGUUGCUCUGCCAAACUCAUGGGGAUAUACUCUAAAUAUACCCAACGCCUCCUGCGACCCCCCAGCACGGACUGUAUUCACUUAAAACACAAGUUAACACAUUAUUGAUAUCGCAUUCCCCCCAUCUAUCCAUCUAAGCAAGCCAUCUUCGCAAUUCCUCCCGACCGACAUCCCCCAUCUUCCGCGUACCCAACAUCCAUCCGUUCGCGAUAUCCCACUUACUCCUCGCGGAGCAUGUACCCACCCCAGUCCCGCAGACUGAGACGUCGUAGCACAGCGGGACCACGUGCGCGCCCCGGUGACCUUUCCUCCAAAAGUCCCUCAUCGAUGGGGUUCUCUGCGACCGCCGGAUCCUCGAGGCCUCAGCAAUGCUAUGCGGCCGCUCUAUCGCCGAGAUGCGCACCCUAAAGAUGACUUGGGGUCCUCCUUCCCGUCUCAUACGCUUGCCUUGCCUUGCGCCUCGCGGUUUGCUGGAUGCUGGCUGGCACGUAGAGCGACGGGCGUGCCUUCAUCGGAUCGGCCGAGUCGUGCCCGACCACCUCACCAGCUCAUGCACAUUCGCCUUCAAGCCCAAGAGUUCGCGCGAAUUUCUAGGCUACGUUUUCCUGGCUGGUGCCGACGCCAGCAUCCUUACCUUCCACCUCACAUUGGCUUACAUUUCAUACACCAUACAUCUUAGACGCCCCUAUUCCUGUACAAUACAGAUCGCUGGUCAAUCGCAUACAAGGGGCCGGCCGGCUGCUGCGGCCUUUUCUCCGUUUACAUUUACAUGCUGUGAGGGCGGGAGACAUACUAUGGACUUUCUUGGAUCCCGAGUUGCUCCUCUUUUUACGUCCGUCUGACCUUUUUACUUGGGAUUUGGUGUGGUCCAGGGUGUAUCGUUGUCAGGUGAUCUCAUGUUUUCGUUUCCUUGCCGUUGUCGUUCUUUCUGUCGGUGAUUGUGUAUGAGUGCCUUUGGAUUCGAGGAUGGGUGGAACGGGGUUAUGAAGGAC